AUGAAGCUCUUGUCAACCAUUCUCUCCAUCACCCUGGCGACUGAUGUCGCUGUUGGUAGCAUUUGGUCAAACAAAGCUGCGUACAACAAAUGGCACGAGACCGAGCUUGAGCGAUGGCUAUCCGACCACGAGAUUCCCUAUCCUUCUCCCGCCGAUCGCAAGCUACUUGAGGACACAAUUGCGAAGAAUUGGGAUAACUAUGCCGUUUCCCCAUACAGAGAGUGGGACACGGAAAAGCUCACUUCGUACCUGAAGCAGAAGGGCAUUGAGACCAAGGAUGGUGCUGCUGCAACCAAGGAAAACCUUGUCUCUCAAGUCCAGUCGUCCUGGUAUGAGACCGAGGACAAGGCUCAAGGUGCAUGGUCAAGCGUCAAGGACUGGAUUCUGGAUUCUUGGACCGAGAGCCAACUCAAAGCUUUCGCCGACAAAAAUGGCAUUCCUGUUCCCCAACCUCGCCACCGUGAUACUCUUCUCCAGAAAGCCCGCUCCAACUACGAGACUGUUGCCGCUAAGGCUGGGGAGGCCACAUCGUAUCCCGGAAAUUGGCUGUACGAUACUUGGACAGAGUCCGAUCUGAAGGAAUGGCUCGAUACUCAUGGUUUCCCCGCCCCUCAGCCCAGCAGUCGUGACAAGUUGAUCGCCUCUGUCCGCCGUAACUCGCGCCUCGCCUACCUUCAGACGCAAGACCAAGCCGCCUCCGCUUCAGCCAGUGCUAAUGCUGCUUAUGCGACCUUGACUGACAAGGUCAUUGAUGCAUGGGGCGAGUCUCAGCUCAAGGAGUUUUGUGAUAAGAACGCCAUUGCUGUUCCUCAGGGUACCAAGAUCAACGAGCUGCGUGCUCUUGUCCGCAAGCAUCGUGCGGACCUACUUGGAGACUCGUACUCGUACACUGCCUCCAGCGCGUUUGAUGCCGCCACCAGCGGUGUCGGAGACCAAUACGCCAAGGCCACCGACAGUGCUUCCCUCCUUGUCGAAGAAGCUUUCAAUGAGGCGGUUAACACUUGGACCGAGAGUCGAUUAAAGGCUUACCUGGAUGCUCGCAAUGUUCCCGUCCCCCAUGGCUCUAAGACUGACGAGCUCCGUGCUUUGGUCCGCCGCAAUUCGCACCAAGCUGUAAACGGCUUUAACGCGGGGAGUUGGGACGAUCUUUCUUUCGCCAAGUUGAAGGAAUAUCUUCUCAGCACCGGCGAUGCGACGGCCAAGAAGACUGCUGAGAAUGCUGAUUCCACACGUGAGGAUCUCGUCACAGCCGCCCAAUCUGCGUAUGCGUCUGCAUCAGGUGUCGGUGGUGAUAUGUACGCUUCUGCUACGAGUUAUCUCACCGAGGCCACCGAGGCUGUCAAGAAGAGUACAUUUGAUACGUGGACUGAGAGUGAGCUUAAAACUUAUCUUGACAGCUAUGGCGUCCCAGUUUCCCAGGGCUCCAAGUUGAAUGAGUUGAAGGCAUUGGCUCGCAAGCAGUACACAUAUUUCAAAUACGGCACGAACGGUCCGGUCGAUACUGCCUUUGCCAAGAUCAGCACUGCCGUUAGUGACGGCUACCAGUGGGUUAUGAGCCAACUAGGCGCUGGAUCUGAGGCAGCCAAGCAGAAAACGAAGGAGACGAAGGACGAACUAUGA